AUGGCGACCAACGCCCACACAGAAGCCUACUACUACUUCCGCUACUCCAGCGAUGAUGCCAAUGUAACACUCCUCGUCGUCAAUGCUGUAGAUGCUAAAAGCACCAAUAUUGAGCUCUACGCAUCGACAGAUCUCGGUGCUACGUUUGACUUUGUGAAGCAAAUCGUUAAAGGGGGUGAGAUUGGCCUGAAAGCUGUGGGAGAGCCUCAUAUGGUGCUACACAAUGACCGCUUGACUGUCUACUACUCCGAUCGAGGAGAUGACAAGCAUAGACAGAAGAUAUCUCAGAAGUCAACGAACAGUGUUUAUGGAGCCUGGAGUGGUGCUACCGAUGCAGUUGCGUCAAGUGUCUUGGCAGAUCAAAUCGGCAUGGGAAGUGUCGCGAAGGUCACGAACAAUCAAUACAUCAUCACUUUUGAGUCAGAAGAAAUCGGCAAUGGUACUAGUCCACUGAGUUCCGUCAAAUUCAAAAUUGCCACAUCGCCCGAGGAUUUUGGCAAAGCAAGCACGCACGACGUCAUGACUGCCGCUGGCCUUAAGCCCCAGGGCGCUCCUUCCGUUACAUGGUCUUCGAUAGGUGGCCAAAAUGGUACCGUCAUCGUUUCUGGCUCGACAUCAAAUCUUUUGUUCGUCAAUCAAGCACUUGGCCAAGGGCCAUGGAGAGUCGUGGCAACGACCGCAGCUCGCGCCUAUGGGCGAGAGGUGCACGCAGGUAUGGCGCCAUAG